UUGCUAGCUUUCAAUACAAAAAUACAGGUCCAUGGAAAAGUCAUUGGGUCUGCCCAGUAGUAUUAAUAAUGGAAAAUUUUGUGUCUGGAUUAAAUCUCUACCCUUUGGAAACUCGGAAGUUUUUUGACUGAACAGAGCGGCAAGCAGAAGCAGCAGUAUAUAAACACUUAUUCAGAGAAACACUUUCCUCUCUACCCCAUAGCUCCUCUCCACACCAGAUUAUGGGGAUUAUAAAAGAUGGUUCAGUAUCAGGAAUUUUACCCAGUAACAAGGUCUUUGCUGUUCAUUACCCUGCUUACCCUUCUUCAAUGGAACGUGCCAUUGAGACUCUUGGCGGCAUUCAAGGCAUUGUCAAGGCUCGAACUUCACAGUCAAAUAAGCUGGAGCUCCAUUUCCGGCCAGAAGAUCCUUAUUCACACCCUGCCUUUGGGGAGCUUAGGCAUAGAAAUAAUUUCCUGUUGAAAAUAUCCAAGACUAAAGUAAGGGAUGUCGAAACCGCUGACAGUAGUUGUGGAAUAUUGAUACAAUCUUCAGGGAGUCCUGUUAAUUGCGAACAAGAAAUUUCUCGUGUUGGACAUUCAUUAGCUGCAGAAAAGGUUAACGAGUCUAGAUGUUUUCCUGCUAGUGCUUCAAAAGAAAUUGAAGUGCAGAAUGCUACUAAAUUGCAGGAGCAUCUCUCAGCUAAUAUUGUUUCUCAUGUUGCUGAAGCUUAUCAUUUUAAUGGAAUGGUAGACUAUCAGCAUGUUCUUGCCGUUCAGGCUGAUGUUGCCAGAAGAAAAAAGAGACAGUGGGCAGAGGUGGAACCUAAAUUUGAGAAGGGAGGUCUUAUGGAUGUCGAUCAGGAGGAUUUGAUGAUUUUACUACCUCCUCUGUUCUCCUUAAAAGAUAUGCCUGAGGAUAUUGUAUUAAAAUCACUUGCACCAAAAAGGAAACAAGAGGUGCUUUACCGGCAAAAUUGGGAGAGGGAGAUGGAGCAGAGUCUUAACCUUGAUGUUAAUAUCAAAGAGAUUCCUAAACCAGUGGAUUGGGAAAAGCACAUACUUCAGGGAUCAGAAGAUUGGAGACGGCAGAAGGUGGUAUCUGAAUUGUUUGAAGAGCGUCAAAUAUGGGUCAAAGAAUCAUUAGCUGAGCGCUUGCGUGAUGAGGGUCUGAAGCUUGGAGAGGGCAGGAUCAAAAGGCUUCUCUUUAGAGUAGCAUAUUACUUUUCGAGUGGGCCUUUCCGUAGAUUCUGGAUAAGGAAAGGUUAUGAUCCUCGGAAGGAUCCUGAAUCCCGCAUAUACCAGAAUAUUGAUUUCCGAGUGCUCCCUGAAUUACGAAGCUACUGUGAGAGUCAUGCGUCUUCUGGUUUGAAACAUAGAUGGGAUGAUAUAUGUGCUUUCCGUGUUUUUCCGUAUAAAUGUCAGAUAUCAUUGCAACUUUGUGAACUCAAGGACAACUACAUUCAACAAGAAAUCAGAAAACCCUCAAAUCAAGAAACUUGCGAUAAUACAACAGGAUGGUUCUCCUCUCAUAUUCUUGAUUGCUUGAGACUGUGCAUUGCUGUGAGAUUUAUGUCAGUAUGCCCUCAUCCCGAUGCGGAGUCUUUACUAAAAACUGUGUCUGCCCGCUUUGAGAAGUCGAAGAGGAUUCACACUUGUGUGAAAGUUACAAGACCUGAAGAGCAAGGAAAAGUCCAUAAAGAAGCUGAAAACAAUGAAGUCGAUGACCAAGCAGGAAACAAUGAAGUUGAUGAACCUGAUUAUUUAGAAGACGAUGAAGAUGACUUUGAGGAUGAUAAUGUUGAAGAUGAGAUGGAUGCAUACGAACCUCUUGACCUUGUUGGCCAGGAAGGGGAGGUCUCUAUACAUGAUGAUCCACAUACAAACCACGAUAAUGUUUCAAGAGAUUACUUGCAAGAGCUCUUUGGUAAUUUUCCAUUCAGUACAGCAGGGGUGGAUGAAGUGCAAGAUGAUCAGAGUCUUGGAGAAUAUCAGAUAUAUGACCAAUACAUCGAUGGCUCUUAUUCCGAAGAUGAAGACUACUAAGUUGUCUUUUGUAUAAAGAUAAGAAGCAGAAAGCAACUGCACAGAAAAUAGCUGCAUUCGCACUCGCAGUUGCUAGAGGGAAGCUUUUCGGUAGCCUUCUUCAACUCUACUCUACACCAAGUUCUGCUCAAGUUUACUAGAAUUGGAUCAUUUGUGAAGUUUUCAUAUUUCUGAAUAUUUCUAAUGUAUAAUCUGAGUAUUCCUCAUUUGGUAAUCUCAACAAAUGUACUUCCUAUUUAAAUUAAAGCACGUCGGUUAGAAUUUUGAAGCA